AGGAAAAUUGAUGAAUAUUCAAAUCAAAAAUAAAUCAAAUGCGACGUCUGCAAAUUCAGUGUUAAUUUUAUCACUCAACAACAAGUGCAACCAGAAGCCAAGUGAGACUAACCCCAUUUAGAGGAGUUGUGGACUAGCCCUAAAUUAAAAUAAAAUAAAACACAAUUGAACGGGGCCGGCUGUGCAUAUAAUUUGCGACGCAACUGUAAACACAAAAAGCCGUCAAACUGUGGGGCUCCGGGGCAUAUUUUCUUCCUCCGCAAGGAAUGUAUUAUCAGGUAUCUGCCAUGUCAACAAUACAUAACACGGUAGAGCACAUGGUGCAGACUGGAGUGCCGUUUUCGGGCGCCCCGGCUGCCUAUGCGGCCGCACCAGGACCGGCGGCUGCGGCCGCUGCAGCAGCUGCUGCUGCUGGUGCGCCCACAGCGGCCGAAAGUUUGUCGCUGGCCGUCACAGCAGCAGCCGCAAUCAAAACUGAGCCUGGCAUGCAGCUGAAGGCAGCCGCCGAAUGCGCAGCAGCGGCCAAUGCCAACACAGGAGCAGCUAGUGUGGCGCCAGCUCCAGUCGCAGUCGCCACCAGCGUGGCCGAUGGCGUUGUCGUCAAUGCACCGUUGUAUAUUCAACAAAAGACAAAUCUGUCAACACAACAACAAACACUACAGACACAGUACAAUGGCGGCAUCAGCAAUGGAACCGCAGCCAUCGUAGCAGCAACUGCCACGGGCACAACUACCACGCCGCUGGUCACGCAACAACAGCAGCAGCAGCAGCAGCAACAGCAACAGCAGCCACCCGCACCUCUGACAAACGGACACGCCAUGGAGCAACUGCAGCAGCAGCAACAGCAGCUACCGCAUACGCCACAGAAUGUGCUCAGCAUUUCCACAGUAUUGAUUGCCAAUGAGGCAGCGGAGCCACAGCAAAACUCAGCGCUGCCACAUGCCGGUGGAGGCGGAAGUGGAACUGGUGGUGGCGGUACGCCUGGCUCACCGCUCAGCACCUCACCGUCCAGCGUCCCAGUUGCUGCAACAGCAAUCACACUCAAUGGCAGCAGCAACAGCAUGCCCAACGAAGGUAACAUCUCGGGCAACACAUCACCCAUUGCUACCGGCGAACCGCUGUUGCAAACACCACCAGCAGCACAGCAACAGCAGCAACAACAGCAGCAGCAGCAACAACAACAACAGCAGCAUAAUAUAAUCAGCAGUCCAACAGCAGCAACUUCAGUGACCGCCACAUCUAUAGCAGCGGGAGCAUUGGCAGCCACCAGUAGCAGCCUAUCGACCGGACUACUGCCAACAGCUGGACUGGAUAGUAAUGCUAAUUGUGGCGUUGUGCCCGCAACCACCACGCAGGUGAUUGCGCAUCUAAAUGCAGCCGCUGCGGCGGCCAGUGGCAUUAUGACCGCCUCCGUGCAGUCACCGAAUGUGGUCAGUAGUCUUAGCAGCGCUCUAGUCCCGGCACAGUCGGUCUCAUCGGUGUCUGCCGCCAUUGCUGCAGCUGCCUCGCUGGAGGCCAAGAGUCAGCCCAAACGUUUGCACGUCUCCAAUAUACCGUUUCGGUUCAGGGAUCCGGAUCUGCGAGCCAUGUUUGGGCAAUUUGGCACCAUAUUGGACGUGGAAAUCAUCUUCAAUGAGCGCGGAAGCAAGGGAUUCGGUUUUGUAACAUUCGCUAACAGCAACGAUGCAGAACGAGCACGCGAACGUCUACACGGCACCGUGGUUGAGGGACGCAAAAUCGAGGUGAAUAACGCCACUGCACGUGUACAAACCAAAAAAGUGACAGCAGUACCCAACGUUGUACUGACCAAAGACGGUGCCAUACCGGCUCCAGCUCUAGUUUGCGUACAAUGGCCUGAAGCCGCCGUAGCCGCCGCCGCUGCCAUGCGUGGAGUUGCCAUACAACGUGGACACGUGGGCGUGGUCGGUGCCACACCCUUCCAUCAUCCCCAUCAUCCGCACCAUCAUCAGGCGUUGGCCGCUGCCGUCGCCCAGCAGCAACAGCAACGUCAAGUGGCCGCCGCUGCCGUGGCCGCAGUAGCCGCCCAACAGCAGCAGCACCAGCAACAACAACAGCAGCAGCACCAACAGCAACAGCAGCAGCAACAUCAACAGCAGCAACAACAACAGCAGCAACAACAACAGCAACAUGCCGCAGUAGCCGCCGCUGCCGCUGCCCAGCACUCACAGCACGCCGCUGCCGCCGCCGCAGCCGCUGCUGCCGGCCACACACAUCCGCAUGCCCAUGCGCACGCUCUCGCUCCUCAGUUGGCCCAGUUGCAGCCGACGCUGCAGGCUGUCGGAGUGCCCACUGCCGCUGGCAAUGCUGCGGCUGCUGCCGCUCAGCAACAUUCGGCGCUGCAGCAAUCGUUGGCUGCGGCCGCAGCUGCACAGAACUCGGGCGUGGCUGGUAAUGCGAACGCUGCUGCCGCCGCGGCGUAUGCGGCACGCCUCUCUGCUGCAACAUCCCAAACGCCGGCCGCUGCUGCUGCGGCUGCUGCUUCCAUGGCAGCGUCGGCCAAUGCGGCCAACAAUGCUGCAGCUUUGCAUGGAUUUGCGCCCGUAUACUAUGAUCCCUUCUUAGCAGCCGCUGCUUCCGCUGAUCCAAAUCUACGCUUCCAGGCAGCCAAACCGGUCACUGAAGUUCCAGCCGCACAGCCAGCCGCCAUGUUAAAUCGCCGCACUGUGACUACGCUAAACAGUACCCCACAUACGAUCAACCGCAUUCCGGUACCACAGAAUGUUUUGGCCACUGCUCCGCUGUUAAAGACACCCCUGUCUCAGGCCCAGCAGCAGGCGUAUGCCACGGCGGCCACCACCUACACGGCGGUCGCUGCCCGGGCCGCCUACGGAGCCGCUGCAGCUGCAGCUGCCCAACCAGCACUCGGCUAUGCCACCGUAGCAGGUUACGCGCGCGAGUAUGCGGAUCCCUAUCUAGGACAUGGCAUUGGACCCGUGCCCGGCUAUGGGGCAACCAUGUAUCGGGGUGGAUUCAAUCGUUUUACGCCAUAUUAAAAAGCAACACAAGUCAGCCAAAUAAUGCACUUGAACUACUCUCGAAAAUGCUCAAGUAUGAACAAAAAUUAGCCGUAAAUACUCCUCCUCUACAGUGCAGUAAGUAGCAGUUAAAUCUAAACCAAUAGAUGGAGAUACUCAAAUAUCACAAAGAACAGACGCUCAAAGAUUAACAAACAAAAACAACAAAAAAAAAACCCACUCAAUACUUUAUGGAGAGUUGAAAAUCAAAGCUAUAAGCAGCUGGCCACUAACUUGUGGCAAAUUAAACUAAAAUUAAAAAAAAAAAACAAAACAAAAAAAAAUUGCAAAUCAAUGUCGUCCAACAAAAACAAAUGCAGCAUAAACAAAAUAUUUAAAUGGCAAUUAGUUUGCGAAACGUGCUUCAUGCGUAGAUUUUUACCAAAAACAAAAGCUGAAAUUUUGUGCGGGAGAUCAGAAUUUAUAUAUAUAUAUAUAUAUAUGUAUAUAUUAUAUAUAUAUAUAUAUAUGUAUGUAUACCUACGGGAUCUAUAAAUAUUAUACCUUUAGAUAUGGUAUUUGUAUAUCAAAAAUGAGCAAUUUUAUGUAUUUUCAGGAUACCCACUGAAAAUCAACAAACAAAAAAAAAAAAACAUAUUUUGUUUAAUAGUUUUGUUUAUUAAGUUAGCUUUAUAUUUAUAUAAUUAUUUUUGUUUCAUGUAAUUGUUACAUAUAGCAUUGUAGUUUGUAGCAAACAAGAAGCAACAAAAACAAGCGCCACACAACAAAUUUGAUAUUAUUUUUCUAUAAAUGUACGCAAAAAAGUUGCCAAAACAAAAAAAAACAAAACAACAAAAAUUAAAUGAAAAUUUAAAACCAUACCUUAAUUUCAUCAUAAAUUGUCACAUCUCCAUAGAAUACUCAUUAUAUUAUUGUUGUUCGAGCAACAACAACUCUUUUUGUCAACGAAUUUAUUUUUUAAAUGUUUUGCUCUGCUUUGCUUAAUUAUUGUUCCUAGUAUUUUUAUUUCGGCAGCUAGAACGCUAAGUCAACUCAAUGAAAAUAAAAUUGCUCAACUUGUAGCGCAUAAGCAAAUGCAAAA